GGCGUCAGUAUACCACGCUCGCUCGUUCAAUCCGGUCCGCGCGCGCAGCAAGCUCUCUGGUAUACGCACACGUACGGUCACGCACACACACGCACACGCACACGCAAUCGUUUUCGGUGUAUACAUAUAUAGUACGCGACAUGGUCGACAUCGUGCGCCGCGGCCGCCGACCGGAGGCAGCAGCACAAGCGUAGUUGUGGUGAACGCGCCUCCCCCCCUCUCCCGAACGACGUUCGGCGUGUGAAGACGACCGGCCGCCGUCAGUCGCCACUCGUCGUCGACGUCGCCCCGGCGCAGUGUCAGUCCCGUCAGUGUGCGAUCGUCCGCCUUUGCCGACGGUACUCUACCGUUGUUGGAGUGUAAACCGCCACUAACCGUUGUGGUCGUGCGUCAGUGUUAGCUCUCACCGCUCGCGAGACAACCGAGUGCAGAGAUCGCGCGCACCGCCGCAAGUCGUCGUCUGUUACGAUAAUAUAGUACGAUCGAUAUAAUUUUUGAUAAUUUAAUUUUUUUCGUCGAGUUAACUCUUUUUUUUUUUUCUAAUUCAGUUUUCAUUUACGCGACGACGCUUUGUGGAAAAAAAUUAUUUUUUUUUUUACUCCACCACUCGCUCUUCGAACGCGUGUAGACUUUGAAUUUAUUUUGUUUUAUACGUUUUUUUUUCGUUGUGCGUUCUCGUUAUUUUUUUUCGAUUACGUGCGACGUGUACCCUCUGGAUCGUCGCAACGCGCGAUACACGUUCAAUAAAAUAGUAACAACACAUUAGUCGCAACAUGGUACCUAAACAAGAGACGAUCCGCAUCAUCGACUCCUCGUCGGAUAACAAGUUGGCCCCGCCGAUGUUCGGCUCGCAACUGGUUGAUGAUAAUUCGCCGACGCCGUACUCCGAUGCAACACAGACUAAAAAGAAUAAUCCAAAUCACAUCAAGCGGCCAAUGAACGCGUUCAUGGUGUGGUCACAGAUCGAAAGGCGCAAGAUAUGCCAAGAUCAACCGGAUAUGCACAACGCGGAAAUAUCGAAAAAGCUCGGUAUGCUUUGGAAAACGUUAACCGAUGAACAGCGAAAACCGUUCAUCGAAGAGGCAGAGACGCUGAGACUGAUGCACCUUAAAGAGUACCCGGACUACAAAUACAGACCGCGCAAGAGGACGCCAAAGAACGGCGGUGCUAGUGGUAACACGACCGCCACGUCCUCCCCGGUGACGAUCGCCAAGACCACCACAACCGCUGCGGCUCAGUCGAAAUUCCGGAAGAACAUGUGCAAAAAGUUCGGCAACACCGUGACCGUGGCCAGCCGCGUCGCGUCCGCUCUCAGUUCCGGUACCGUACACGUGGUAGAAAACAGAACGUCCGCAGUCUCGUCGUCGUCGUCUCUACUUCAGGACAACACGACUUCGUCGUCUUCGUCUUCGUCGUCUGCGUCCUCGAAGUCUUUCGUCCGGCGAAACGGCAUCAUACAGGUAAACAGGAUGAGCCCGGUGAACACGGACCGAUUAAAAUAUCAUUUCACAAUCGACACGGCCAAGGACACGACCGAGGUACGCGUACCCGCCUCGGUGCACGCCAAGGUGCCGACCAGCCCGACGUGCGACUCGCCAAACUCGCCGGAGAGCGCCACGUUCUACGACGAUUCGCCGCUGUCGUGCUUCGAAGUCGUCAAGCCGCUCAAAAUAAAGUUGCUCAACACGCUCAACACGUCGGCCACGAUCACGGUGCUGGCCGACGUGGACGACGACGACAACGAGGACGGCGACAACAGCACCGCCAACGCCAUGUUGCUCAGUCCCGGAUCGGCCGCGUCGCUCAUGUCCGCCCGACAAAUCGACCAACAGCUCCACCAACACCACAACCUAAACAACCACCUGAGCAAUCAGUCGGCGGCCGAUCUGCUCGCCCGCAACCUGAUGAAGGACGAUCACCUGCUGGUCAAGGCCGAACCCGCGCACCCGUCGCCGUCCGCCGUCGCACAGUCGUCGUAUUUCUCCGUCAAACAGGAACCGAUGGACUGCGAGUCGGAGACGGCAGCGCUGGGCCGCGUCGGCGAGAACCCGUCGCUCGCCGACCUCGAGUGCCUGGACGACCUGAUCCAGAUGCCGUCCGACUUCAAGAUGGACAUCGACUGCCUGUCGUCCGACAUGGACAACGGUUCCGUCCGGCAGGGCUCGCACCUCGAGUUCACGUGCACGUCCGACAUGACCGACAUUCUCUCAGACAUGGGCGUGACCGCCGACUGGGAAGACGUGCGGCGCAUCAUCAACGACUGCUAGGCGCUCGGAGGAGAAAGAACGCGCCCUUAGCGCCGCCGCCGCCGCUAGCCCCCAAAAUCACUCCUCCCCACCGCCAAACCCGCCGCCGGCAUCGUCGUCGUUCGCCGUAUCUGACCGCCGCCACUACUACCCCGUAAAAAAACACAUACACACACACAGAGAUUUGAAAGUAAAUUCUGCAGAAACGUGAGGUCCUCUACUGUGAUUGGUUAUUUAUAUAUACAUAUAUAUAUAUAUAUAUUAUUUUUUUUUUGAAGUUAAUUUAUUCAUUUUAUUACGUUUUCCUUUUUUUUUUUUUCGUAUUAUGUUAUAUUUAUUCUACCUAUACGUACGAAUGCAAGUAUGUAAGUAUCGUGUACGUGUAUGUAUGUAUAUACAUAUAUAUUAUAUAGAUAUGUAUGAAAAUCUAUAUACCGCAAGGGAAAAAAAAACAAUACACAUAUAAAACGACGUGCUUGCGUUUGGAGUAAUAAAUCACACACAAGUUUUUAUGUCCGUUUGUUUUUGUAUACGUCUUCUGAGAUAUAUAUAUAUAUGUAUAUAUGCAUAAAAUUGUAUUAUUAUUACGACUACUGCAGUUGCCACUAUUAUGUUAUUAUACAUUGGUAUAUGUAUACAAUACACAGUACUGGACGGCGGCAGACGACAAUCGGAAUUAAUUUCACUCUUAUCGUGUAAAUAUAUUAGACUUUUUUUAUAUUGUCGUGCGAUACGUGUCGAAUAUUUCAUUGUAAAUUUAUAUACAGUACAUAUAUAUAUAUAUUUAAUAUAAAAACGACGUGACUUUUUAUAUUUUUUUCGCUCUUAAAAUUCAUCAAAAUUUGUGAUGUCUCGACGUUUAUUUUUUUAAGUUUGUCGUGUAUUCGUAAAAAUUUAAUAACGACAUUAUAUAUAUUAUAUUAUAUUAUAUAUUAUGUAAUUUGGUUUACUUCUGAAUCGCUUUUUAAAAAUCUUUUGAACACGAUUAACGUAAUAUUGUAAAAAUAUUAUAUUAUAUGCUAGUAUACUAGAGCCUCAGUAGACAAUAAUGAUAAUAAUAAUAAUAUUUGCUUCAUAGUCUUUAAAUGUUAUAUUUUUUUUUUUACUCCAAGUGUGAACAUUUUGUUUAGGUGUUUUUUAUAUAUUCAUAUAUAACAUAAAUUUUAAUCAUUAUCACGUUGUAUUAUAAAAAAUAAUUAUACUGUUGCUUAAGUGUUGUUAAGUAUAGGGUGCUUCCAUUUGUAUGAUGAUUAUGAAAAUUAAAAAGCAAAAAAAAAUUACAAUAUUAUAUUUAUGUGUGUAUAUUAUAUUAUAUUAUGAAAAUCUUGUGUCCGAAUUAGAAAGAGGAAUGUUUUCAACAUCAUAUUUUUUUUUAUGCUUUGGCUAGAUACUUACACAUAAUAAGCAUAUUUUGAUUUACCUGUAUUUUUUAUUCAAAUUCAAAAGUAAAAAAAAAAAAAAAAACCAUGAACGAUAAUUCGAUUUUUACCUGUAAUAAUAAUAAUACAUUGUGUAAAAUAAAUACCAUGUACAUAAAUGAAGAGAAACGAGGGCGAGCGAUACGGUGGUGUUUGUAUCAUUUUUACCAUUUGAAUCCCACGAGUCAUUUUGUACUAAUUAAAAUCCCUAAAAUUUAUAUGAUCUCAUACAAACAAAAAAAAAAAAAAAAUGUUUUUUUUUUAUAUAAUUUAAAUAUAUAACUUCCACAACUUUUUCUGAACGUUAUUAAUAAAACACGAUGAAUACUUGUUCGACAAAGCAUUUAUAGAUUGUUUUGUAAUGAAUAAAUUAUUUUUUUCCUAAUAUUAGCCCUUAAAUAAUAUUUUGAAGUGCAAGGAUAUACACUAUAUAGUCAUGUUUAUUCAUAUAUAUAUAUAUAUUUUUUUUUUAAUACAAAUGUAAAAUGUACGACAUAUUAUAUGUACCAGGUACCUAUAUGUAUAUUAAGGUAUUUACAAAAAAAAAAAAUAAUAAAUAAAAACGAAAAAAAAUACAAGGUCUAAUAUUAUACAUUAUAUUAUUAUUAUUAUUCACCUUAUUAUUAUCAUUAUUAUUAUUAUUACUAUUAUAUUGUUUUCUAUAUAUAUGUAUUAGCGUUAUAAGUGUAAUAUGAUUAAAUCUCCCCCUCCCAUACUUUCUUAUUUCUAUUUUAUAUACUUAUAUAUUAGUUGGUUUAUUAUUAUUAAAAUACAUAAUAUUAUGUACAUAAUGAUGUGUACGAUGUGAAUGUGUUGUAUAUAGAUUUACUCAUUGUACAUUAUUACAGGUAGACUACGGUACUGUACCUAUAUAUUGUUCGCAAGUAAAUCGGUAUAAUGAUGUUAAGAAGUUUUAACACUAUUUUUUUUUUAAUUAUUAUUAUUAUUAUUUGUGCAUCGCGUUAUUUUAUAUAAAUAAAAAACGGAACGCGCGCGCUUGUACAAAAAAUACAUUAUAAAAGUAUAAUCUUUUUUUAUAUCUUAAAAUUAUAUUUAUAUAAUUGUUAA